CAGAGCUACUCCUCCCCGAUUGUGCCCUUUCGCACGGCUUGCCCGAGGUUGCCCCCUGUCCCCCGUGUCGUACCACCCCCUUCCACCAUGCUCCCUGUCAGAGGUCUGAAGCUCCCCCCGCGCCCGAAGAAGUCCGGGCGCCAGAUGAUCCUGACGACGGUCGGCAAGCUCGAGCGCGAUGCCACCCCCCUGGAGAUCUGUACCGAGCUGCUGAACGACCUGACCUCCUGCUUCAUGUAUCACCAGGACGAUCUGGACGUCUGCCUGCCGCAGCUGAACCUCUUCAACGACUGCAUGAACGGUGUGGCGAUGCUCCGCAAGCCCUCGCGCUAUGUUGGCAACCCCCUCAACUUCCACCUUAACCGUGUGUGGAACAACAACGAGCGGAAGAAGAAGUAGUCCGGUCUGGUGUGGCAUCCUUGCACUUGCCUCCC